AUGGCCAACGCGUCGCAGUGCCUGGAGGAGGGCUCGGGGCGCUGGCCGCCGCCGGCCGGGCCGUACAGCGAGGCGCAGCGGCUGGCGCUGGAGGAGCUGGUGGCGGGCGGCCCCGAGGCGCUGCGCGCUUUCCUGCGGCGGGAGCAGCUGCCGCCCUUCCUGUCGGAGCCCGAGGUGCAGGACAUCGCUCGGGCGGCGCUGCCGCCCGCCGCGGGCCCGGAGCCGGCGGCCGAGCCGUCGGCCGGAGGAGCCUCGCUGGACGCCUCGUCGCUCACCUACUUCCCCGAGCGCUCGGAGCUGGAGCCGCCCGCGCUGGAGCUGGGCUGGCCGGGCUUCGCCAGCGGCGCCUUCCGCGGGCUCACGCGGGUGGAGGCGCAUUUCCAGCCCGGCUGCGGGGACAGCAUCUACGGCUGCAAGGAGGCGGUGCGGCGCCAGAUCCGCUCCGCCCGGCAGGUGAUUGCCCUUGUGAUGGAUUCCUUCACAGACAUUGAGAUCUUCAGUGACCUUCAGGAUGCCUACAACAACCGCCAAGUUCCUGUCUACAUCCUUCUUGACCAGGACUUUGUGCCCCAUUUCUUAGAAAUGUGCAACAAUUUGGGAGUUUGUCCUGAGCAGGAAAGUAUGAUGAGAGUUCGAAGUCUCACAGGGAGCACGUACUACAUGAGGUCAGGUGCCAAAAUUGUUGGGAAAGCCAAGGAGAAGUUCAUGUUAAUUGAUGGCAUUAGAGUGGCAACAGGCUCCUACAGUUUCACAUGGUCUGAUGGAAAGCUGAACAGCAGCAACUUGCUGGUGUUGUCAGGUCAAGUGGUGGAACACUUUGACCUCCAGUUCAGGAUUCUUUAUGCCCAGUCACUGCCCAUCAGCCCAAAGCGACCGUCCAGCUGCAGGAACAGUGGCAUGUUUGAUCCCCUGCUGACCAGAACAGAAUCCUCCAAAGAAUACACUGUGGAAGGCAACUUGAGAGCAGAAUUUGCCAGACUGUCUAGCACACCAAAGAAAUUGCUGGAAAAAGCAGAUCAAACUGAAUACACUCCUGCAGGAAAGCUUUGCAACCUGCAGCUUUCUUGCCUGUGUGAAGAGGAGUCGUUCAGCAAUCAAGUGGGCACAGUGGAACAGAGAAGUGCAUCAACUCAAACUGGCCCGUGGGAAGAGGUGGCAGCUGUGACCAAAUGCAAUGCAGCCACUCAGGCCAGCACUGCCACAGCAGACAGUAGCACUCAGGCUUCUGUCACGGCCAGAGUGACAGGCACUCAGACAUCCAUUUUGCUGAAGACUGCAGUGACACAGACAAAGGAAGAGGAGAGCACAGAAACACCCCUCCUUCCCAGAAAGUUUUCAAGAGAAGAGUAUUUUCUGCCUGCAAAGGUCACAUCCAGUUCUAGUCUGCAAUCACUGUCUUCAUCAUCAUCCCAGUGCUCUCUUCCAAGCUCUACAGGCUCAAUAUCCUCUCUCCGCUCUUUUGACUAUUCCAGUAGUCACAGGGCACAAUAUUUGCAAAAACUGCACAAAGAGAGGCAGUUCCACUACUCGACCAUCAGGUCGAAGCUGAGCCACAUGGUGGCCAUCCUGUCCCGGCGGGGCCGUGUCCCUGCCACCUACCUGAGCCAGGUCCCUGCCGGGGCCAGCCUGAAGCAGAGGCGCGACAUCAGCGCCAGCCUGCACAGCCUGCGCCACGCCUCACUCUACUCCCUCAAUAAAUGA